GGUCUUUGAGUGGUCGAGGUCGUGACAGCAGAAGCCCGUCUCCCUCAAGGAGGGACUACAACCCUUCAGGCCAAAUGUCUCUCCGCAAAACGGAAAUCACCAGCAGUUCAUCUCACGGACACCGGAGCGACACUCGUACCUCGUCUCCAUCUAGGAGAACAUCUGACAGUCACAGAUACUCACCGCCAAGCAGAAAUUACAGGGCGUCUAGCCAAUCCCCCCUUCGUAAAUCUGAAUCAAAUCUGUCUCUAAGCGGACGUAGUCACCACGGACGCUGUGGCUCCCCCAUACGAGAGGGCUAUGAUGUUGAAAGCCAGGCUCUGCUACGAAGCCCAACAGCUAAGAAUGGACUGAAUGACCAAGAACAUGAAAGCCCCACCGUGACUGCAUCCAGACGAGGUUACGACACAAGUCCGUCUGUACUCCGCAAGACCGAAUCAAGCGCCGUCGGUGGCAGUCGUGGCAGCCGUUGUUCCUCUCCGGGAAGGAGAGGCAAUGAAACCCCUACUCAGUAUCAGCUUAGGAAAACAGACACCAGUGGUUCUUCACACAGCCGUGGUCGUGAGAGUCGCACCUCCUCCCCUUCGAGGAGAAGCUACGAAGCUCCUUCUCAGUCCCUGCUGCGCAAGUCUGAAGCAAACAGUUCUGUCAGAAGUUGUGAGAGCCAAAGUCUGUUGCCCUCAAGGAAAAGCUAUGAUGCUCCUGACCAGCGCUCACUGAGGAAAGCAGAAACUAGCUCCUCCCUGAACAGCAAGAACCACAACAGCCGCAACUCGUCUCCCGCUAGAAAAGGUAACAGCGACCUGCCAGGCUACUCAAUCCUCAGACUGGCCACUAACGGAGAUUCCAGCCAUACCUCUCAGACAAAAAACACACACCAUGACACAAAAUCUGACUCCAAUCACUCACCACGCUCCUGGUGGGAGUCGACACAUUCCCACCGCAGCUCCUCGUUGUCUCGCGCUGCUUCACCCUCCAGACAGACCACGAAUGGCCGCAGAACAGCUUUCGUCACCUUGGACACACCGAGGAACCCUGGCAGCAUCAGGUCUGGGGUUGGAAGACACGGCCAUGUCGAUUGUUGCCCCUCCCCGAAUGACAGGAGGCCCUCCCACCGCGCACGGAGCCCUUCUCCUUCACCUCAGAUUCAACUGAGGAAGCACACCUCCUCCCAGAGCUCCAUGGAGUCCUCGGAGUCGGGUCCACUGUCGGUGGGGUCUACAGGGCGGAACAGGGAGGAGUAUGCCAUGUUGGCCGACGUGCCGAAGGUCAAAAUGAUCCAUCAGAGAGAAAAGCCGGGCCACAUGGGUCGGCCUCAGAACCAGCAGCCUUCUCGGAGACAGGAGCUCUUUAAACCAGCCAGCCACUCCCUGAGCAAGCAUCCCUCCAGAGAGUGGGAAGACACAGGGGACACUGAGAGAGACUGGCACUACGGUGGCAGUGGGCAUCUGUCUCGAGCUCACUCCUCCACCUCAUUGCAGGUAGGCUGGUUGGGGCGAAGGGGAGUCUUGAUGAAGGAUGGUCUUAAACCGUGUUUUAUUAGAGUAACCUUGAUAAUACUAAACAUUACUGGGGGAAUAUUACAUUUCGCAAAACUGGCAAUACACUAACUGUGAGUCUUAUUGUUUGUUUUUAAAUGUCAUAAGCAGAGAGAGAGAGCUGCAACAAUAUAGAGAACGAGGGCUGAGUGUUGAGCGUUACAACCUCACAGCGCACAAAACCCUGCACAAUAUAACCCAUUGCAGUGGAAUUGCAGCUCUGUGGCUUUCACCUUCAUAAUAUGUUAAUGCUUAACCACAUUGUCCACAUACCAUACACCACAUAUUAAAAAAAAGUCUGUGGAUGUGAAACUCCAGAGGUUCCUAUGUUUGCUCAGUCGGACAUUGAUUACCUUCAUAACUACAAGCCGUUCCUCUCCAGAGGUCUGGCAGUCCCGCAGCAGACGAGGGCAGUUCUUGGAAAGGUAACCACCACCGAGCAGAAGAAA